AGGAGGGCUGAUACGGCUGAUUUGCACACUCACGCUCACACCAUCCACACUCCCCAUUCCCCGAACUCAAGAACUCGCUCAAUUCAUGUCAUUUACAUGAUUAAACCAAUUCAAAGCAUCAAUCAAAUUAAACCAAAGCCCAAUAUUUCUCAUAUUUAAUCCGUUCAAUCAAAUAAUUCUCUCUUUUACUCUCUCAUCUUUUGAUUGUAUUGACAAAGAUAAUGGCAUCGCUUCUUCAAAUUCUUCUCUUUUUCGCUUCUAUGAAUUCUUUCUCGAGUUCUUCAGCUGAAAUACAAAAGGAAUCAGGAAAUAAAGAAGGAAACCAGGAAAAACUUAUACAUUCAGGCAGGAUAGAUCCAUCAAGGGUUGUCCAGCUGUCUUGGCAACCGAGGGUCUUUGUUUAUAGAGGUUUUAUCUCUGAAGAGGAAUGUAACCAUCUCAUCUCUUUGGCACAUGGACAGAAAGAAGGUACUAACUCUGUGGUUAGUAACACCCAAGGAGAGAAUGCAAGAUCAUUAGUCACUCUAGAUGUGAAAGAUGAAGUAGUUGCAAGAAUAGAGGAAAAAGUUUCAGCAUGGACUCUUCUUCCUCUAGAGAAUAGCAGGUCAUUACAAGUUCUGCAUUAUGGGAAUGAAGAAUCGAAACAGAAAUAUGACUAUUUUGGGAAUCAAUCUGCCUGGCAAGUUACUGAACCUUUGAUGGCAACUGUCAUUUUAUUUCUUUCGGAUGUUUCUCGGGGUGGUGAGAUCUCCUUUCCCGAAUCACAGCUAAAAACAUCUCGACUGAAGAACAGAGUGUGGUCUACUAGCAAUAACAAUUUGCUUAAACCUAUCAAAGGGAACGCCGUUCUGUUCUUCAAUGUCCGCCCCAGUUCAUCACCAGACAAGAGCAGCCACCACGAGAGAGAUCCCGUUAUUCAGGGUGAAAUGUGGUGUGCCACCAAAUUCUUUCAUAUCCGAUCAAUAAGGAAGGGAAAUACUCCACCUGAAUCGGAAAACAGUGAUUGCAGCGAUGAAGAUGAAAAUUGCCUGCAAUGGGCUGCGCUUGGUGAAUGUCAAACGAAUCCAACGUUCAUGGUUGGUUCUCCUGAUUAUUAUGGGACCUGUAGAAAGAGUUGUCAUGUUUGCUGAUGCAGUGAAACAUUUUCAAGCAGCUUUUAGCAGGAUUUAGUGCAAAGCUGGUUUAGGUUUAAGAUUGUUGUUUUCCCCUUCUUUAAAAUAGCAGCUAUUUGAGUGCUGAAACCCCUGGUGUACAUCUUUGUAUUACAUUUAGACCUAUCAAAAAUCGACCCGACCCGAAACGCGGCCCGAAUAUACUGGGUUAUAAUCAAAAUCUUGUGACCAGUAGCUUGAUUUUAUCUGAACCCGAACUACACGAAAAGUGAUGGGUCAAAAACCCGACCGAACCCGCUUUUGACCUGACUGAUUAAAAAUCGUUGUACUUAUAGUAAUAAAUGAGAUUGUGAGGAACUUUAAGCACAUUAAACAUUUUGUUGUUACUAUUGUGGUAUUGUCUGGUGUACUAUGAUAUUGAUUUGAAUUAUACAUCAUUUAAUGGUUGAAUUUGAAUAUGAUAUUACGUA